UGACAUCCAGUUCUGCAGUCGACCGAGGCGUGGGGCGGGCAGAGGCAAGGCGUCGCGUGUGGCGUGGAAUUGUUUCCGGGUCCCGCUCCCGGAAGCAGGAAGUUGUCGGCUCACCCUCCUCGCCGGGCUGCUGGUGUCCCCGAGGCGGGAGGAGCCCGUGGGGGCGCGGGCCCGCAUGUUUCAGAAGCCGGCUCUUCCACUCCUCCCCUGGGGCAAGGCUCACCUCUGCCAGACCUUCCUUCCCAAGGGAUUUUGCAUUGGAAGACAUGGAUGUUAUUGCUAAUGAGCUCAGCAUCUAUGACAAACUUUCGGAAACUGUUGACUUGGUGCGGCAGACCGGCCAGCAGUGUGGCAUGUCAGAGAAGGCCAUCGAGAAGUUCAUCAGGCAGCUGCUGGAAAAGAAUGAGCCCCAGCGGGGGCCCCCCCAGUACCCCAUGCUUAUCACCAUGUACAAGGUGCUCCUGACCCUGGCCUUAGUCUUGUUCCUUACCUACUUUGUGAUCCAGCCUUUCAGCCCACUAGCACCAGAGCCUGUGCUCUCUGGGGCUCAUAGCUGGUGCACGCUCAUCCGCCACAUCCGCCUCAUGUCCUUACCUAUCACCAAGAAAUACCUGCCGGAGACCAAGGGCCCUGUCCUGCCCGCCGAGGAGGAGGACAGACACUUCGCAGACCUCGACCCCUGGUGGCCCUACAACUGUGAGCACAACGAGUCGGAGCACGUCCCUGCCAACUGCACCGUGUGUGCCCACCAUCUGCCCCUCGAGGUGAUGCUCCCGGAGGACACCCCGAGGACGUUCGACAGCCUGCGGCAGCUGGUCAUCAAGACAGGACAGCCUCUGCUGACCGAGGAGAUCCAGCGCUUCCUGUGCCAGUACCCAGAGGCUGCGGAAGGCUUCCCGGAGGGCUUGCUUGCCAAGUGGCAGCGUUGCUUUCCUGAGCGGUGGUUCCCGUUUCCUUACCCGUGGAGGAGACCUCUGAACAGAUCACAAAUUUUACAUGAACUUUUUCCUGUUUUUACCCACCUCUCAUUUCCAAAAGAUGCCUCCUUAAAAAAGUGCUUCCUUCUUCACCCGGAACCUGUUAUGGGGAGUAAGAUGUAUAAAGUGCAUGACCUGUUUGCAGUCGGCAGUGGUGAGGCCCUGUUGCAGCUCAUCCCGCCCUUCCAUUGCCGGCAACACUGUCAGUCCGUGGCCAUGCCAGUCGAGGCAGGGGACAUCGGCUACACCAGCGCUGCCCACUGGAAGGCCUACAUCAUAGCCAGAGGGGUCCAGCCUUUGGUCAUCUGCGACGGAACCACACUCUCAGAACUGUAGGCACCAGGACUACCUACCUACAGAGUGACUCAGACCUGAAAGCCAGGUUGAAAGAGAAGAAAUAAAAACAAACAAUGAAACCAC